AGCAAUUCAGAGAACUUUGAAGGUAUGUAAUAUAAUCCACAUGAAUUUUAAUUUCAGAGGCUAUUUGUUUCUCAUCAUCAUGCUCUACUUCCAAUACAAGUAACCAAAAAAACUCAAAGCCCACAAAACAGCAGCACAAUAUCUGAAUACAUAUUGGCCAAUACGCAUAUUCUGGACAAGUUCAAAAGCUUAUGAACAUCCCAAGAGAUUAAUAAAGGAAACGCAAGUGCCAAUAUAUUGCACCAAAAGAGUACCCUUUUCUCGAUUGGUUCCUUACAUCUAUAUACUCAAAGAUGCAAGGGGCUAUACGGUGCUUAUACUAUAAGCACGAAACAUACAAAAAAAAUACAAACUUUCUGCGCACAAAACCAAUACAUCAACAAACUUUGCUAUAUGAUCCUAAGCCCUAUGACCUCAAAUCGAUUAGUAAUCAAGAAAAAAAGCAGAAUUUUUUUUGAGAAUUGUUUUUGGUUGAUGCUAGUAGCGGCUGUGUAGUUUAAGGUUAGGGUUUCAUGGAGAAGCAUUUUAUAACAAGACAACAGCGUCAACAACUGUGUAGGAGCAAGAACUGGAUUGGGCUUUUUAAUCGGCCCAAUGUGACUUUCUUCUUUUAGUAACCACUCACAAAAUUACACUUAAUGCUAACAUGUAGAUUACGGAUUCAUGGUAAUGGAGCAUGAAAUAUAAGACCAUUUUGAAAACUUGCGAUUUUAAAAUAUAACCAAUAUUUUACCCAAGAAUUUAAAGGAAAAUGGAGGAACAUUCUUAGGUGAGAAAUAUUGUGUAUAUGUUUAUUACCAACAUAUAAUUAACAACCACUAGCAAUCAAGAGACAACUAUCAUAGUUAAAUCAGAGUCUUUGAAAAAUCCAUUUCGGUGUUUACUAUAUACCUUGUUGGUAUAAUUUAAGCCUAUAUACGAAACCUCGUUGGGGAAGCAAUUGAACCAAAUAUAUCGCAUAAAUCAUCUUUUAAUAUAAAAAUGUAAAAUUCACUAGUUGAAAAUGUAAGAUUUAUACAGGUGAUUUGUAUCUCAGGCAUAACAGCAAUUUUCAGCAUAAGAAUCCCAAAAAAAAACAGUAAAAACACUAUUGGCCAUGUUGACAAAACUGUUAUUCUCUCUAAGCCUUUUCUAACCAAUGUGAACUAGUUUCUAGUCCUUCUAUGUUUCAUUAAUGUCGGUCUUCUUGUAGGAGAUAUCUCUGCGGUGUCGCGAGAUUUUACUAUACAUGAAUAGUGGUUCAUAGCUUUACCUUGCUUUUGUAACAACGUCUCCAGUAUUCUCACAGCCUUGAAGUCGAUUUUUUUUUCUGUCAUCAAAUCGAAAAGUUAAUAUAUUUCUGAAAACCGAGCGCAUUUACGUGACUAGUGAUAUGUUCAUAAUAAACAUAUUGUACCAUGCAAUAAUUAGUAGCUUAAUAAUCUAUCAGAAAGAUUUAUUGCACUUUGGUUUUGUUCUAUGCACAGACAAUAAGAUAUAAAACUCUAUAGCUCAAUAAACAAACACAAUAGAAAGAGUCUUCCAAAAAUAACAUGGAGUUUACACAUUGACAACUUCAAAGUUUAAACCAAAACGUUUCAUUCAUCUGUCAUGUUCUUGCCAGUUUUUUUCCAAUUGCUUACCCUAAUUAAAGGAGAUAUUUACUUUUUGUGAUCAAAAUGAUUUUUUAUGAUCCAUAAAUGUCUUCUUAAAUUUGCAAGCAAGUUGUUCGAGUUUGAAGUCUGCAGAUAUUAUUUUAAGAGAAACCAAACUAACUUGGAAGAGCAAGUGAAGUACAUUUUGAAACGUUGUCUUAGCAAAAGUUUUGCAAGGUCACUAUAAAACCUAUGCAUAUGUUUUAUAUGUUAUGCCUCUCCUGUCACGCGUACAUGUGUGAAUGUAAAAUCAUAAUUAUAUACGUUACAUCAACUCGAAAUGUUCUUUUUCAAAUUUAACUAUAAGAACAUGGAAAAGUUCUUUUGCUUAUGCUCUUUAGCCAUCUAACGCUACACUACUAAAUGACGUUGAGUUUAAAUUGACAACUUCAAAGUCUAACCAUCCGAUUUGAAAGUUAGUAAAGGGUAGCUACCAAAGACUUCUUCCUGAUUUUUAUCUUAAACAAAAUCUGAAGUUAAUUUGACUUAUUAAACAAUUUAACCCUAUUGCAAUAAGAAACAUUCAUAACCUUCAAUAAACAAUCAUACCAAUUGCAGUGAUGACUGCUAUAUAAACUGCUCGGUUGCUAUUACAACAUAUUCAACAAUAAGUUGGUUAGAGAGGCUUAGAGAGUAUAACAGUUUUGUCAACAUGGCCAAUCCCAAUUGGCCAUCUCUACUUAUGUUGGUCUUGGCUUUGUUUACCAUUGUUGUUCAUUCAAGUGCACAAUAUUCUCCUCCAUCACCACCACCAUAUGCUUAUAGUUAUCCAUGGCUUCCACCAUAUGUUUACAAGUCUCCUCCAUACGCAUAUAGCUCUCCACCGCCUCCUCCAUAUGUUUACAACUCGCCACCACCUCCUCCUUACGUCUACAGCUCUCCACCUCCUCCUCCCUAUGUUUACAAGUCUCCUCCACCACCUCCAUACGUUUAUAGCUCUCCACCACCACCACCACCAUAUGUCUACAAGUCUCCUCCACCACCUCCAUAUGUCUAUAGCUCUCCACCACCACCACCGUAUGUCUACAAGUCUCCUCCGCCACCUCCAUACGUAUAUCCCUCUCCACCACCUCCUCCGUAUAUUUACAAGUCUCCUCCCCCACCUCCAUAUGUCUAUAGCUCUGCACCACCUCCUCCGUAUGUCUACAAGUCGCCUCCACCACCUCCAUACGUCUACAGCUCUCCACCGCCUCCUCCCUAUGUUUACAAGUCUCCUCCACCACCUCCAUACGUCUAUAGCUCUCCACCACCACCUCCAUAUGUCUACAAGUCUCCUCCACCACCUCCCUACGUCUAUAGUUCUCCACCACCACCACCAUAUGUCUACAAGUCUCCUCCACCACCUCCAUAUGUCUAUAGCUCUCCACCACCACCACCAUAUGUUUACAAGUCUCCACCACCACCACCGUAUGUCUACAAGUCUCCUCCACCACCUCCAUACGUCUAUAGCUCUCCACCACCUCCUCCGUAUGUCUACAAGUCUCCUCCACCACCUCCAUACGUCUAUAGCUCUCCACCACCUCCACCAUAUGUCUACAAGUCUCCUCCACCACCUCCAUACGUCUAUAGCUCUCCACCACCACCACCAUAUGUCUACAAGUCUCCUCCACCACCUCCAUACGUCUAUAGCUCUCCACCACCUCCACCAUAUGUCUACAAGUCUCCUCCACCACCUCCAUACGUCUAUAGCUCUCCACCACCACCACCAUAUGUCUACAAGUCUCCUCCACCACCUCCAUACGUCUAUAGCUCUCCACCACCUCCACCAUAUGUCUACAAGUCUCCUCCACCACCUCCAUACGUAUAUAGCUCUCCACCACCACCACCAUAUGUCUACAAGUCUCCUCCACCACCUCCAUACGUCUAUAGCUCUCCACCACCUCCUCCUUAUGUCUAUAAGUCUCCUCCACCACCUCCAUACGUAUAUAGCUCUCCACCACCUCCUCCGUAUGUUUACAAGUCUCCUCCACCACCUCCUUAUGUCUACAGCUCUCCACCGCCUCCCCCGUAUGUCUACAAGUCUCCUCCACCACCUCCUUAUGUCUACAGCUCUCCACCGCCUCCCCCGUAUGUUUACAAGUCUCCUCCACCACCUCCCUACGUGUAUAGCUCUCCACCACCUCCACCAUAUGUCUACAAGUCUCCUCCACCACCUCCUUAUGUCUACAGCUCUCCACCACCUCCACCAUAUGUUUACAAGUCUCCUCCCCCACCUCCGUACGUGUACAAUUCUCCUCCAUCACCAUCUUACAUCUACAGCUCUCCGCCACCUCCAAGCUAUAGUUAUAGCUAUAGCUCACCCCCUCCACCAAUAUACUAACCAUAUAUACAUGAUGAAGUGAGUUUCAAAAGAAGCUUUUACUAAUAAGUUACGACCAUGGUAUCCAUGGUUUUACAAUAUUUCCCUUUCGAGACUUCAUUAUAGAAGAAAUGUACUUUCGUUUGUACUUAUACUUUGUGCAUUUUGACUUUGGGUUGUUUGCUUAUGAUGUUUGUUAUGCCUACUAAAAGGCCAGUGUAUUAAUGUCUUAAUUUAUAGCUAUUGAAUAAACUCAAUUACUUUUUAAUGAAUCGGGUAUAGAUAUAUUGGUUCAUAAAUUUUUCAAGUUGUACAAUAGAGUAUAUAUAUGAAAUUAUAGCUCAAUUAACCGGCAGACCUAAAGAGGUUUGAAGUCAAAGUUGGCCAGAUCCUGGACAUAAACCAUUAACUAUAUAGAGAAAAGAUCGAUUAAUUAACUUACUAUUAUGGCCGCGCGAGUACACCAAUAUAUAGGAAAGUAAAACGUGUAAGUAUUCAUAUAUCUUUGCUUCUAAACGAAAAGUUGGUACAUAAUUUGUUAUCGUUGUGUGUACAUACGUUGUAAAGGUUAAAUAUGCGGAUUGAUUGAUUCACAUUAACAAGAAUAUAAUAAUAAUUAUUAUUAUUUAUUUUUUAAUUAACGUCUCAAAACUUUCAAGUUGUAUAUUUUGAUGGACAUAUGUAUAUAUAGUUUCAUUAUUAUUCAAAACAUGAGGACGAAACAGAUCUUGAUCUUUGUAAUAUGUACUUCUUUUGUCAGCCUUUGUAAUAUGUACAUACGCAGAGAAAGAAUCAAGAGUAAGAAGCAACAACAUUGUGUCAUGAAAAGAAACAUAUGUUGUUAGGAUCACUGCCACGAGACUACUGUUGUCUUCUUUUCUUCCCCUAUAAUGCUUUUUUGGAGUAAAAUGUGUCUUAUCUUCAUAAUUAAAAUGAAACUUGAACUCAUCAUCAUGAUCAAAGCCUGACCUUGUAGACUCAUUUAGCCUCUACACAGACCACUUGAACAUCACUAGACUCUUCGCCUCUCCUUAAGCAAAAUGAAAGGCAUGCCUCUCUAGUACCGUCAUUGAACUUACGUCCUAUUCAGACAAAGGGACUAAUGCCCAUAGCAAAGUGAUCAAUCUAAACUAGCUCUAUACUUGGCAACCGAAUCUUUUCAAACACCAUUCAAGAUUCUAAUGACAAGAAUCUCCGUUUUGAUGGACGGUCGUAACAGGCAGCUAGAUGGGCUAUGCUCGCAUAGAUAAAAAAAAGCUUGAAUAGAAGCAAACACUGACGUUUAAAGAUUGAGUAGUCUUGGCAAGAGCAGUUGAAGGAAUAUGUGCAAAAUGAAGAUGAUCAAGUUCACAAAAAAAUAGUAGACGAUGAUAUGAAACAAAGUUCUCUAUUAUCCCAUUUAUUUUUCUAAUCUACAAAGUGACUUAUAAAACAUAAAAGAGGGCUAUACAUGGCUUUGAACUAGACAGCAUAAACCAACAAGAUCCUAGAGGUUUACGAAGUUAAAAAAUAAUGCAAAGAAAAUUACUCUCUCUCCAUCUCUUGAGUCUCCUCCACACUAAAAGCUGAAUCAACGAAUAUUUACAC